AGUCUUUUAAACGACCUUGAUGGGAGAUACCCGAUCCACGGAUCAAUCUCACGAAUCAUCGUGCUCCAGGGCCUCGGGGGAGGAGGGACCAUCGGGGCAGCUUUUUGACGAGACGGCGACAGAACCGACAACAGGCCAAUGCCCCGUUGUGCAAGACGUUAUGAAGAAGCUGUACCCGAAUGUCAGCGCUCCAGUAAGAGCACACGACUCGUCUUCAUCAGCAGAGUCUUCCCAUCGUGAUGAGGGACCAGGAGAUCCAACAUGGGCAUGCCUCAAGCCAGACUGUACCUUCCGUGCCAUCGACUCAUCUGAGCUUACUAUACUUGUGAAUUCGAAACUGGAUGACCAUGAGAGGCUCACCACAGAGUCGGCAAUCACUGUACCAGUUAUUGAUCCCCCUCCUGCCAGGAAGGAUCGAGCUCUCACCUUGGCUUCGGGACACCCCAUUUUAACCCUGAGUGGCUCCAGACUACUCAACCGGCGAACCAAACGGUUUCACACAGUAGGGUUGGCCAGCGAGGCUCGAGCUGUGGUGGGCGCGGUUCGAGCACAAUCCUGAGAAGGGUAAAGUGACUGCGCUCGACCUCAUCUUUUGUUCGUAUCACAUCCCCCUCAUGAUUAUUCUUACUGUUGGUACCGUGGUAGUAGUACUAUGGAUAUUCUAAAGGGCCUCACAUGGUUUCAUAAUAGU